AUGGAAAAUCUACAGUUAGAGGAGACAAAUGGAGUGAAUUCUCAAGCUGUUGAGAACCUGCGGGUAGAUGAUUUGGUUUUUGACCAGGAGAAACAAUCAAAGGAAGUGAAAGCUCAGAAUAUUGGUCAUGAUGGUCCCGACUUCGAUGAUAUAUCAGAUGCGGAAGAUGUAAGGUCUAAGAGGAAAGAUGAGGGCAGGGGUUUGCAAUGUGAAACUCCACUGGAAUACUCGGAAACCAAAUCUGAAACUGAAGUUAUUGCUGAUAAGCAAGAGGAUUCUGAUGAUAAGAUGAAUGCUGGUGGAGAUCUGGAGUCUAAAAACCAAGAAACAAAUCCGAAUGUAGAUGAUAAUUGUGGUCAGAGUGACUUGGCUAAAGAAGUGGAUGAUAGGGAAUUAACGCAGAUGUUUGAUAAGUCAGAUGAAAUUCCAAGCGAGGACCCCAAUUUGGAGCCUGUAUUUGAUGGAACAGAGGUUCCAGGGAUGGAAGCUAACCGUAGUAUGUCUGGCCGUAGGUUGGACGUAGAUCAGGACUCCCCAGGUGUGGUUGAGAAGGCUGUGGCUCUUAAGAAUUUUGUUAAAGAGAAGAGCGCAGUGGCAGUUUCCACCAUGAUGCGUCGCCUUUCUGGAAAAAGAGAGGAAGGUGCUGUGGAUAAUGUUGAUGAUGAAGGUAAGGAUGUAUCAGACAUUGGAAAAGUUGGAGAAAACAAAGUGAUGUCUGAGAAGGCAGUGGAGAAAUUUGACUGGAAUCCCUUAAAUUACAUAAAGAAGUCAUCCGAUGUUGGUGUGGAUAGAAAAACUGAGCAGAGGGACUCAAUAGUCAUGAAAGGAAGGAUUAUACUGUAUACAAAACUAGGGUGCCAAGAAUCUAAAGAGAUUAGGCUGUUUUUGCGUUUGAAAAGGCUUAGAUAUGUCGAAAUCAACAUUGAUGUGUUCCCUAGUAGAAAGAAGGAGCUGGAGAAGAUUUCCGGAUCUACUUCUGUACCUAAGGUUUUUUUCAAUGAAAUACUUAUUGGAGGCUUGAGUGAGCUUAAGACUCUAGAUGAGUCUGGCAAGCUUGACGAGAAGGUUGACUUUCUUAUUACUGAAGCACCAUUAUUUGAGGCCCCAUCACCACCACUCUCUGGAGAGGAUGAUGAGCCCAGUAGUGGACUAACUGAUGAAAUGGCAGUUAUUGUCCGCAAAAUGAAAGAGUCUAUUGCUGUGAAGGACCGGCUUUAUAAAAUGCGCAGGUUCACUAACUGUUUUAUUGGCUCAGAAGCUAUCGACUUCUUAUCAGAAGAUCAAUAUUUGGAAAGACCAGAGGCUGUUGAGUUUGCACGAAAGCUUGCUGACAAACUCUUCUUUCGACAUGUUAUUGAUGAGAAUCUAUUUGAGGAUGGAAAUCACCUGUAUCGGUUUUUGGAUGAUGACCCCAUUGUAGUCUCACAAUGUCAUAACAUUCCUAGAGGCAUACUAACCUUGAAGCCCAAGCCUUUAGCAGAAAUUGCGUCAAGACUGAGGUUUCUGUCCCGUGCAAUAUUUGAAGCCUAUGUUUAUGAAGAUGGACGUCGUGUUGAUUAUACAAGUAUACAUGGAAGUGAGGAGUUCGCAAGGUAUCUGAGAAUUGUCGAAGAGCUGCAGAGAGUGGAAAUAUCGGAUUCGUCUAGAGAAGAGAAGCUUGCUUUCUUCAUUAAUCUUUAUAAUAUGAUGUCCAUCCAUGCAAUCUUAGUGUUGGGCCAUCCUGAUGGAGCACUUGAAAGAAGGAAAUUAUUUGGAGAGUUCAAAUAUGUUAUUGGUGGGUCCACCUACUCACUUUCAGCUAUACAAAAUGGCAUCUUAAGGGGAAACCAGCGACCUCCAUAUAACCUUAAGAAGCCAUUUGGUGCAAAAGAUAAACGAUCGACGAUGGUACUUCCUUAUCCUGAGCCUCUUAUUCAUUUUGCUUUGGUAUAUGGUACCCGAUCUGGACCUACACUUCGGUGCUACUCUCCUGGAAAGAUUGAUGAAGAGUUAUUGGAUGCAGCCCGUAAUUUUUUAAGAAAUGGAGGCGUUGUAAUUGAUUUGAGUGCAAAGGCUGUAAAUGCUAGUAAGAUCCUUAAAUGGUAUAGUAUAGAUUUUGGCAAGAACGAGGUAGAGGUGAUAAAGCAUGUUUCAAACUAUUUAGAUCCAGCUGACUCAGAAGUAUUGUUGGACCUACUUGCUACUUCCGAGUUGAAGGUGACAUAUCAGCAUUAUGACUGGGGCUUGAACUGCUAG